AUGUCGUCCCUCGAAGAAGCCUUGGCAGAGAUCCGAAAGACCAAUGUGACUAACACGAUUCACCGCGAACCGUACCCCGCCAUCUCAUCCACGAGACCCGAACUCAGCCAAGCUGGGAGAGUCGUUCUUAUCACUGGUGGCGGCACUGGCGUUGGUUUCGCCAUCGCUCGUGCCUUUGUCCGCGCCUCAGCAGCCACCGUCAUAAUUGUCGGUCGCCGGGCCGAUGUGCUCGAAAGCGCUCGCUCGCGACUCGAGGAAGAGGUGAAAGCUUCAGGGACAAAUACUAAAAUCAUUACGAAGACGUGUGAUAUAGUCAACGUUGCGGAGGUCGAAGCGCUGUGGAAAAACCUCGGCGCGCAAGGCAUCUUCGUGGACGUAUAUGUUGCCAAUGCAGCAAAGUUCACUGAUCAGAAGCCCAUGCUGGAGCUUGGGACGGAGGAUGUUUGGUCCCAGCUCGAGACGAAUGUCAGGUCUCCGUUGCAUUUCGCUGAGAAGUUCCAUGCCCAACCAGGCAAGAAGCAGAAGUUCAUCGUCAAUGUCUCAACGGGAUCGAUCCACGCACAAGAACAUCCUGAAGUCGUGUCGCGCCCUGCAUACACACUCUCCAAGCUAUCCGGAACUCUGCUCUUCCAGCUCCUCGCCCAAGACUAUCCUCAUGAGGAUAUUCAGAUCCUCAGUUUCCACCCCGGACUCAUCUUCAAUGAGACUUGGAAGGCUUUGGGCCUCAAUCCAGACCAGGUCGACUCCGAUGAGCUUACUGGAGCAUUCGCAGUCUGGGCUGCCAGCAAGCAAGCUGCAUUUCUCCACGGUCGCUUCGUCUGGUGUUCGUGGGAUGUUGAAGAAUUGGCUACGGGCGUGAUUCGUAAGCGCAUUGAUGAGGACUUCUACUUUCUCAAGACUUCGGUUGUGGGACUCAAGUCAGGACUCAUGGCCUGA